GCAAAACAACUUUGGGUGUUUCAUUUAGCAAAUCCUUAUUAGGCUGUUAAAAUCAGCUGAAAUAGUUUAUAUUAAAACAAGCCAGGAAUGCUGUCAUUUUAAAAUGUUUUGUGUGACGUGAUAAGCAUUAAGCAUAAGGAUACAAUCGAAAAUAACCUUAUUUGUGAAAUGUAUAAGAUAUGUUAAAUAAAUAGGAAUAACUAGUGCCCUAAUUUAUUGUAAUGAGAUGUUAAAUUAUUAGGUUUGAAAAGUGAAUGAGAGUUAUAUUUAUGCCUUCAUUGUGGGAAUUCAAUUAUGAAUAAUGUUAAAAUAGUAUAAGACAGUGCUGUGUAUUUGUAUGUUUUCUUAAUUCUGUAAAAUUGCAAUCAGCUAUGUGAAUCUCAGUAGUUCUUGUAUUAAUCAUUUGAUUCCUGGGAGUGGAACAUAACAAGGCUACCAUGAUUCCAGGUGGUAAAACUAUUUUGUGUCUGCUGUUGUUUGAGUGUUGUGUAUUCCUUGGAGGUAUCAAUGGUCAGGGUCGCAUUCUCCUUGGAGACUUUGAUACCCAACUGGGACUGACCGGUAUUGUUGCCCUGGAAGAUGGCUUGACGCUCAUUGUAGCAGGACGAAAUUUUAUUUGUAGCAUCAAUACUUCUUCAGCAAAUGUCAACCAGACGGUGAUUCAGAAUGUGACCACAAGACCCAGUUGGACUUCGGGACAAGAUGAUAUCACGGUGGCAAUGAUAUACAGCAGGGAAACCGAACGCUUGGUUACCUGUGGCAAUAGUCGUGACAAAUGUGAUGUCAGAAAUGUAUACAAUAUAUCAGAAAUAAGGUCUGAGUUUCCAUUUCCCAUAAGCCAUCGAUCUACAGCCAGUAUGAUAUUACGUUUUGCCAGUGAGUAUUAUAUGUUUGUGGCAAGACCAAUCACGGAAAUGGAAUUUAAAACAAAAGGAUGCUGUAAGGAUGCUGGUGUUUUCUGGUACAAACUGAACCAAUCCUUGGUUUAUAUGGAUGAAAACGCUAUUACAUUUAAAUUUUCAGAAAAUGUGACAGUAAAUACUACAACAUUCAUUAAAGCAGUUAGUGUCGAUACAUUUCGCAUUUUCUUCAGCCAACAGCUUGUAAUUAACGAAGGUAAAUAUGUAAGCAGAGUUGCACAAAUGUGUCAGCAGACAGAUAACGUUGCAAAGGAUACUUAUGUGGACAUGCCGUUAGAGUGUGGGGACUUCAGACAACUCGAGGUUGUGGAAUUCUUACGUCAUUCAAAACUCUUUGUUACAGCAUUUAGCAGGGGCUCAGAUGCUGCUCUUUGCUUGUAUUCCUUCGAAGACAUCCAAAUAAAAUUAUGGGAGAACUUAAAGCUGUGCUACCAGAAACAAUUAAAUAUCACACACAACUACUUUACGAAAGAUAAAGAAUCAUGUAAGCCAACCACACCGAUAAAUCCUGACAGAGAGAACCUAACUGCCGAUAUUUUAAUGUGUAAACCGAUUGGUACCGUCGGUACCGGUAUCAUCGGAAGCAAACCUCUGCGAGCAUUUCCUUUUCUUGAGUACAUGGACACUAAGAUUACAGCUAUGGCCGUUUCAGAAUCUGCAAAAACGCUUUUUAUGGGGACUCAUAGUGGCAAACUGUUAAAGGCAAGUUUUAGUCCAUAUGGCAAGAAAUUGGAGUUUGAGUACACAGUGGAGCGAGGUAACCCGGUGAGGCCAGACAUGGUUGUCAGUGGCAAUUUUGUGUACGUUCUGACAGAAAACAGGUUGGCUAAAGUUCCAGUUGAGAUGUGUGCAAGUUACAAAACGUGCGAUGUAUGCAUGAAAAGUAUGGACCAAUACUGUGGCUGGUGUAUCUUGGAGAACAGAUGCACUUCUGUAGAAGACUGUAAAUCACCAGCCAGGAUUGCAGUGUUAGGGAAUGCAUCAAGGAAUGCAUCAAGCUGCCCACAUAUCACUAGUGUGGAGCCCCCUGAAUUCUCCAUAAAACAUCCACAGGAACUCAUCCUGAAAUUAUCACAUGAAUUGUCAGGAUCCAAUGUGACAUGCAGAUUCAUGGCCACAGAAAAUGGUCGCCAAGAUGUUCUAGGGAGCGUUUUAGGGUCAAUGCAGGUCAAAAAUGGCUCUGUGAAAUGUAUAUUUCCUAUUUUGGAUCCGCAACUAUUUGCAUUAGAAGGUGACAGUAGCAUUACUGUACAACUGCUCACAAAUGUAUCCAGUCUACCCGUCAUGGAAGGAAACUUUAUUGUCUACAGUUGCAAUAAUUUCAAAAGCUGCAUGAAAUGCACACAUAAAUGUGGGUGGUGCACUCUACAAGGAAGGUGUGUUCAAAUUCAUGACCAGUGCAUUCUGUCGGAACCAGUGGAAACCACGUGUCCGCGGGUUAGCAACUACAGUGUGGUGAAUGACAAUGUGACAGAUAGCAGCACAUUAACCUUGUACCUGUCUGAGCAAAAACUGUAUCAAGUGAGAGUUACAGGGGAAAACUUCGUUCAGCCCAGGAAUGGUGCAGACUACAGCUGCAGCGUGUUAACCCCUGCUGAUCCGGAUACUGUUCAAUUGUUUCCAGCCACUUUUAUAAGUUCAUCUCACAUCAGUUGUACCAUCAACCAGACCACUUUUCGCCCAGAAUUUCACAACCAAUCAAAUCGCCUCAGUGUCACAUUGAAUUCUGUAAAGCUCGACGGCCUGUCAAUUGAAGUGGUAUUUUACCGGUGCGAAGAGCUUACUGGUUCCAACUGCAAGCAGUGUGAGAGUUUACGUGUUUACCAGCCGUACUUCCAGUGUCGGUGGUGUCAGGGCCAUUGCCGUCAUGUUGGCGUCGUCGGUCAGUGUGAGAGACCAGCUCAGUGUCCAGAACCUACAAUAAACAAGGUGUACCCCUUGUCUUCCCAUUUGAACGCCAGUUUGUGUUUGGAAAUCGAAGGUGUCAAUCUGCCAACCACGUACGAAGAAGCUAACAAUAGUCUCACAGUGGGCAACCAAAGUUGUCACUUCUACAAGAACUCUUCGUACUGCAAUUCCUCCUAUGUAGGAAACCGGAUAUCUUGCAGAAUUGUCUUCAUGGCUUUAAAAGAAGAAACUGCAAAUAUUUCUCUGCACCUCCCUGGUCAUCGCCGAGUGACAUUCAUUGAGCCAUUCACAUUACGGCUUCCUGAGAUCUAUGGCGUCCAGCCUAAGUUUGGACCCAUUUCAGGAGGGACGAACAUCACGAUAGAAGGGAAACAUCUUCUCACGGGACGCGAUCAGCACAUCCGUCUUGGGGGAAAUGAAUGCACUCGCAUCAACAAAUACAAUGACACACAUUUCUUCUGCCGCACACCGGCUAUAUCAGCCGUUGGGAUUGUCACAGUGGAGUUAAUAGUUGACAUGCAGUCAGUGAAGAACAUGUAUGUCAAUUUUUCCUAUUACAGUGAUCCAGUGAUCUCUAGAAUACAUCCAAUGAAAAGCUUCAUCAGUGGAGGUCGACAACUGACAGUGACUGGCACAAACCUUCUGGCGGUCAUGCAACCAAUGAUCGUUGGUUACUGGAACAACGGCACAAACGAAUAUACUGUGGGAAUAUCUAAAUGCACGAGACCAAAUUUCGUCAACAUUUCAUUGGACGGCACACUGGUCUGUCCAAGCCCGCCACUAAAUCAGAGUGUGUACCAGUUAAAAAGUAGGACAAGACGCAGUUUGAAACCAGAUAACGAAAUCAGCCUGGGGUUUAUCAUGGAUGGUGUGGGAUCAUUACUUACCCUUCACCCUUCGAUCGGUCGAAUUCUGUACUACCCGGACCCCACUUUCUAUCCAUUCGGGGUGCGGACACCAAACGAUACUCUGGAAAUAAAAGUAGACAACUUGAUGUAUGCUGCUACCAAGGAGGAUGUUGAGGUCAUUAUAGGUUGCGUUCCUUGCAAUGUGACGGACAUGGACCACUUCCAUAUCAGAUGCAACCUACCCCGCCUGAGGCCACUUUGUUGGAAACAAGAGAACUCUACCAUUCAGGUUUUGGUGAAGAUCGGAUUCCUUGAGCGGGUUGUUGGACACAUAGAGUAUUCUGUAAUGAAACCCCUCCAGACACACGAACACAGCAACGAUACGACCGUCUACAUAGGUGGCGCUGCAGCGGGUAUUGUGCUGUUCUGCUUAGUUUGUCUUCUUCUUGGCGUCUACUAUUUCCGCUUCCAACGCUUGCAGCAGAGGAGGAAACAGGAUAGGCAGAGUUAUGAGUACAAGAUGGACAAAAUGGAGGGAAAAUUUAGGAAUCAGUGCCGAGAAGAGUUCGCGGCUCUGCAGACAGCCAUGGACGACCUGACGUCAGACCUGGAGGGGGGCAGUGUGCUGUUCAGAGACUACAGCGAAUACGCUUGUCGGACGCUGCUCACAGCUGAAAGGUCACGUUGCCUGCUUGCCCCACCCACCAUCCUAACGGAGAAGGUUGAGAGAGAAAUGGAGCAGUUACGGAACUUGUUUAGGAGCCGACAGUUCCUUCUGCUGUUUAUACGGACAUUGGAGAAACAGAACAGUUUCACAAUACAAGACAGAUCUGAUGUUGCCACAUUCCUAAUGGUGAUCAAUCAUGAUAACAUGGAAUACAUCACAGGCAUCCUGACAAGCUUGUUGAAUGACCUGAUAGACAAGAAUGUCUCAUCUAACUCACCAAAACUGCUGCUAAGGAGGUCGGAGUCAAUUGGUGAGAAGUUGUUGACUUAUUGGCUGUCCAUUGGCCUCUACCAUUACUUGAAAGAACAGACCGGCUCAGAGCUAUUCAACAUGUAUAAGGCCAUCAAGAUACAGGUGGAAAAGGGACCAGUCGACUACAUCACGGCCUGCGCUAAGUACACACUGUCAGAGGACAGACUGUUCACUGACACGGACACUGAAGACCCUAAACAGCUGAGACUGCAGGUUAGCCACUUUGACUACCUGGAGAACAAACAGAAGCAGGUCGAAGUGACGGUUCUCGACUGCGACACGAUAACCCAGGCCAAGAGCAAGAUGCUGGAGAUCCUCUACAAAAAUGUCGGCUACUCCAUGAGGCCCCCUGUACACACCACUGUGCUGGAGGUUACCAUGGGUAAUGGAUCAAAGCUUGAGCUUCAUGACGAGGACCAAAGCAGCCUUAAGGAAUCAGGCUUCUGGUUUCGCAUCAACACCAUGCGUCACUUCCAUGUACCUGACGGCGCCAAUGCAUUCCUGUAUUUCAACAGGGAAGACCUGAUCAGCUCUGUACCCAGGAAAUCAGCGGAAACGCCGGAGGCAUUCAUUGUUGGCAGCAUUAGGAAGUCAAAGCCUGUGGUUAGAACCCUCAGUGGAUCAAAGUUCUGGCACAUGAUGAAACAAAAUCAAGACGACGACGAGGUUAGACUGUCCACCGACCUCUUUCUGCCUAGACUCAUCCAAACAAAGGGCACUCUCCAAGCGUACAUAGACAACUUCUAUAAGGCCAUUCUGCACGUCUCUACCGAGCCACCAAUAAUUGUCAAGUACCUGUUUGACUUCCUGGAGGCUGCCGCAGCCAGACACUCCAUUACUGACCCCGAGGUGUUGCACUCAUGGAAAUGCAACAGCCUGCUGCUGCGGUUCUGGGUGAACGUGAUUAAGAACCCUGAGUUUUUGUUCGACAUCCACAAACCGGUCAUCGUGGACUCGUGUCUCUCUGUCGUGGCUCAAACUCUGAUGGACAGCUGCUCUACGUCAGACCUGAAGCUCGACGCGAACUCUCCUUCUAACAAGCUGCUAUUUGCUAAGGAUAUCCCACGCUACAAGAAAAUGGUGGCUAAUUAUUUCAUGGAAAUGAAGUCGCGACAAUCCGUCAGCGACCAGGAGCUCAACUCGUUCCUUACGCAGAAAGUCUCACAGAAAUAUGGUUCCAAACUGCACCAGUCUACUGCACUUCAUGAGAUGUACACGUUUGUCAACCGUUACAGGGACAAGUUGUGUGCGGAGAUGGACAAUGAGGAGGCAGAACAUCCGGGAAGUUUCUCUGCUCUCUCAUCACGUCUGCAGUGCAUUUACAUGUCCAUGGACCAGCUGACCGGAGCUUACUAGUCUGUCGUGGCCGACAUGUAGGCCAACAAAAAACAUUGGGCUAUAACCGCAAUUCCGUUUAAAAGACUAUUCAGGAUUCUGAAAAAAUCGCAAACCUGAUUAGAAUGUAUAAUAAGGGGGUUUUAAAGGUUAAAAUUUAGGUUAAAAAAACAGCAGGGAUGUGUUUUCUUUUUUAGCCUAAGCAGCUGCGCCUAGGUGUCACAGAAGAUUAUCAGUGGUCUAUAUGUGUAUUAAUAGUGGUGCUCUAUAUUCCAGUUUUGGGGAAAACAUGCAGGAACCGGUUUAAUUGACAUCACACAAAAAAGAAUGUGUUUGGCCAAGAAUAAUAUACAAAAAAAAAAAAACAUUCAGUAUGAAAUAUUUUCAUAGCAUGCUAACUUUUAAGUGAUAUUUUGUAAAUAAUGCUCUGAUUUUAGUUAUUUUUAAUAAAGAGAUGCAACUUUUCAUUGUUAAAUAAUUAUUAAAGAAUGACUAUAUUAUUUUUAUUACUUUUAUUUCAUAAUUAUUUUGUUAUUUAUUAAUCACAUGUUUGUUUUAAUGAUCUGUUGGUCUGUAGAUCAUUUGUUCAUGCAAGAUAUCUAUACACUUUAACCCUUUCCCACUCAGAAGCAAUCUGAAAAUAUGCAAACAGCAUAAAAACCAGAACAGCCUGCCAGUAAUUUGAAGUCUGUUCAGGUUGUAUGCUGUUUGAUGCUCAUCAGUAUCUAAGAGCUGGAAAUAAAGCCUUUAAAAUAUAAAUCUAGUAAGAAAGUUCUUUUAUUAAAUUUAAAUUUAACUUUCUGAGGAACUACAAACCGUCAAAAUACGCAUCUAAGUGGUAAAGGGUUAACAAACAACCAUCUUAUGUGGUUUGACCACUACAUCUAAAGGAGAGGAAGAUGCUUAUAAAAGUUGAGAUCAAAGGUGAAGGUCAUAUGAGCUUGUAACAUGAAAUAAAAUAGUGCAAUAGUCAAUUAAUGACUGUUUAUACCCAUAACACAUCUUAAUUAAACCCCUUUUCCCAGAACGAGACUCUCUAUUAAGUACAGACACUUAAUGCUCAAAACUGCACAUUGCCUUCAUUUAUGAGAAUAGUUAUAAAAGAAUGUAUGAUGUGUUGUUUUAAUUGUACAGUUAUUUUUUUUCACUAGGCAUAAGAUACAAUUCACUCGUACAGGAACAAAAAAUGUGCUGUUUUUUUCAUGUAUGCAUUUAAAGUAACAGAUAAACUCAAAAUCAAGGAAUAUUUUGCAAAAUAACGUUAAAUAAAGUUAACCAAUACAAAAUUUGUGUUGCUUAUAGCAAAAGCGAACAUUUCAACGCUGGAUGUGGUAUGGUAACAUAGAUUUAACGAGAUACAAACUGCUUGUUUUUAUUUUUGUGAGCCUUUUAAUCCAAAUAAAAAGGUAUUUUGGUAUGAAGUUUCGGAAUAAAAAUCCAACGUUCCUAAUCGCAUUCCAACAGCUAUGGUAUAUCAGCACAUUUUUUCAUGAUAUUUGAGUGUUUGAUUUGUACAUAAUUUGUAUUUGUCACAUAUUUCUGAUACAUUUAUAUGCUGUAUUCACUAUGCAUUUGUUCACUAACAUAUAUAAUAUACAUUAAAAGUGUUGUCUUCUCUCUUCAUAAUAUACUAUAAUGUAUAGUGAACCGACCUAAAUUAUAUUUGUGCGUAUCUUGUAUUACAAAAUAUAUCUGUUAACUAC